CUGCCCACGUCAUCGCCCAAUCCUGCCACCAUCUGUCGGCUGUCGUCCGUACACCACCCGCCGCCGUCGCCUUUCGUCUACCACUCGUCGUCCGCCACAAAGCCCCCCGCUGCUGAACAAGAGAUGCUCCUGACGACGACGUCGUGGCCACUGGUGAACGCUUGUUGCAGGGGCGUGCGGCCGCUAGCGUUGUGGUCAUCGGCGAGCUCGGCCAUCCGGGACAAUAAGGUUGUUGUUGAAUUCGAGGUGGUCGAUGAUGGUGGCAUUGUGACGGCGACCGACGAAGGUCCACCGGUGGCCGCAGGAUGA